AUGGAGCAUUAUCGUUACAAGUUUGUGCAGAAAUGUCAUAAAUGUUCAGUGAAUGGUGAUUUGAUUCAAGUGCCAACUCACAAAUUUAAUGUUAUGAGUUCACCUUGGCCGUUUUUAGCUUGGAGCAUCGAUGUCAUUGGUCCAAUAGAGUCAGUUGCCUCAAACGAACAUCGAUUCAUUUUGGUUUCCAUUGACUACUUCACCAAAAUGGUGGAAGCAGCUUCGUACAACUCAAUGACCAAGAAAGUUGUAGUUGAUUUUGUCUGGAACAAUCUGAUAUGCAGGUUUAUAGUACUAGAAUCUAUCAUUACUGAUAAUGGUGCAAAUCUCAAUAGUUACUUGAUGAGAGAUAUGCAUGAGCAGUUUAAGAUUAUUCAUCUAAAUUCAACCGCUUAUCGUCCUCAAAUGAAUGGAGCUGUAGAGGCUGCCAAUAAGAACAUCAAGAAGAUUAUAAGAAAGAUGAUUGACAAUUACCGAGGUUUGGACGAGAUGUUGCCAUUCUUUGUUAGGAUACUAAACGGAUGUCAGAACAUCGAUCGGAGCUACUCCAUAUUGUUAGUAUAUGGAACAAAAGCAUUCAUACCCGCUGAAGUUAAGAUACCGUCCAUGAAAAUCAUCCAAGAUAAUGAGUUGAAUAACGCUGAAUGGGUCUGUAAGGAUAUUGAUCAGUUAACAUUGAUCAAGGAAAAUAAAAUUGUUGUUAUUUGUCAUGGUCAACUGUAUCAACAGAGAAUGAUUCACGCCCAGAAUUUUUGA